AUGGUCAAGCUCGCUCUGUGGAUGCCCUUGCUCUCGCUUGCAGCCUUCGCUGUGACAAGUCCCGUCCAUAGUUCCCCUGACGGCAGAGACUUGAAGUCACCAGACAGCCACCCUGAGAGCCUUUCUGACCAGAAGGAGUUCAUCAAGUCCGCGAUUUCACUAGGCUUCCCCAUUGCCUCCAGUACAGCCAUCCAAGUCAUCGACUCUUUCCCUCAAGAAGUCACCGACCGCGUCUACGCCGACCUCGACAAAUUAGGUAUCGCACGCGUCGUCGAAGAUGGCACCGACGACAGUGACCACGCGAACGAAACGGCUGACUCUGGGAUCAGAGACUUGAGGUCACUAGACAGUGGCGCUGAGAGCAGUCCCGACAAGAAAGCGGUCAUCAAGUCCGUCGUUUCACAUGAAAUCAACGAGGUCGCCAGUCGAGUCAUCAAAUUCGUUGAUGAUGCACAAGAACCCCUUCAACUUGUCGCCAUCGACCUUGUCUAUGUCGUCCUCAAACACAUCCUCAAAUUGAUUGGAAUGGAAAAUGCUCUUACCACGGGCGAUUCCGCCCUGGCCCCUGUGUUCGAAACAUUCAACAGUGCCACGGAAUUGAUCAAACAAAUGAUCGCAAGCAACUUCGGGAUCGACUUGACACAGGCGUUCCACGAAGCCAUCCCUGAGGGCGUCAUGGAGAAGUCCUCUGCAGACUCCAACGACAACAACGACACCCGCGAAGUUGAAAUCACCGCAACGGAAGCCCACUCUUCAUCCUUGGUGGAGGAAUGUGCGCCCGGGCACAAGCUGCAUGACUCCUGCGCGUCAGAGGGAAGGCGGUGUCUCGGCUGGGAUACGCGAGGGCGGCACCCCUGCUCGGGAUGUGCCGAAGGGUGGGUCCAUAUGGAGGUGAGGUCCGGCGUCAACAUCAACGCCAACUUCAACCUAACCAACUCCUACUCCUCGCGAGCAAACACACAUGUGCUUUGGAAAUCUGCAGAAAACAUCCCAGACCAUAAAACCAAGCUGCAAUGGUUCGUCUACCUUCCCCCAAACCCUCCAGACCCACUUGCCGAAAGACUAACCUGUCCGCUCUCUCCCAACCAGAACAAGGACGCAAGCCAUACGUACGUGCACAUGCACCGCGCGCGCGACGCCGACCUGUUUGAGGACUUUUGCAAGGACAGGCUGCCGGACGACGAGGUGUACGUGCCGCCGCAGCACCAGCCGAUCAACCCGGAGGACGAGGACGACGUGGUGCCGGACCAGCACGCGGCGUUUGGCAUCACCAAGGCGACGCAGCGGCAGAAGGAGGCCGCGUGGAAGGAUCUCGGGCUGUCGGGCUUGAUGAACCGCGGGCCGCCGAUCGUGAAGGGCAAGGGUGUUGCGGGGGGUAGCCGGAUGCCGCGGUGA